UCGAAAGAACAGAUAUGAAUGUGCAAUGAAUUAGAGUUAAACGACAAUAUGUAUUUGAGACCUUCGGAGAUAUUUUAUUCGCAAGAUUCGAUUAACAAUGUUUUUGACAAACAGUGUAAUCAUCGAUACAAACCGAUUGGUGAAACAUUGGAUGUAAUAUGUGAAGGAAGAUGCUCAGUGAAUGAUAUUCCAACAAUUACUGUUGUAGAAAGAGAUGGAAAAUGGACAACCGCAGAUAACAGACGUCUGUGGGUCUUCAGACAGCUUGAGAGAUUAGGAAAAUGUGAGAAGAUUCAUGUGCAGAAAGGAUAUUAUAUUCCAUCAGGAAAACUUACAUCAUUUAAUGGGGGAGAGUCAGUGAGCGUUCGCGGGUCUCCUGGUGGUUACUGGCAUCUUAAACCGAGCGUGACAAAACGUCCAAAGAAUGUAAACAAUGCCAACAUUUCAAGAAAUAUAAAUUAUAGAGAAACAGACGUCUUCAAGAAACUCGACGCCAGCUCCCCUACUGUUUCUUCCAGUUAUCGAGAGUCGCCGAACUUUGGCGAGCAAUUCAGCCAAACUUCUGGCUCACAGUAUGGAAGAUAUGGUUUUCAUCACGGUACAAAUGCUGGAACCAGUUCUUAUAAAACUGGUUUGAACCCGAAUAACACAACUGCAUUAAGGAAUACUAGCGUGUCUACAAAACAUGAUGUCAUAUUUCCAACUGCAUCAACUAUUCGAAAGUCACCAAAUUUUAGCCAAGGGGGAUUUGAUAGCUACGGAGGAAUCACUGGUAUAAGGAGGAACGAACAAAACACGAUAGGAGAACCAUCGUCUUACACAGUUAGAAAAUCUGGAUCGCAGUCAAGACCAACGUCGAAUACAGGCAGGUUAUCAGGGCCACAUUCAGGACUAGCUCUUGAUAGAAGUAGAUCAUUUAUGUCCCAGUCAUCCUCUUCAUCAAGCGGAAGCGAAAUCGCAAACAACUCUAAAACCAGAACUGAUGAUCUCCUCCAGUAUAACGAAAAUGAUAAAUAUACUUUUAGGUAUGCUCCGGAGCAGCGACAUGAAACAUAUGAUAGAUCCUACAGUAGCAACGAAAGACUGAUUGGGAAUACAACAUCGCAUUCUCAUAGGGAGAGAGAUAAUGGAUGUUGUAUUAUUAUAUAAAUAUGAGCUGAAUGUAUGUAUUGUGUUUGAGUUAGAAUUGUGAAAUAUUAUUUAUACUGUCGGACAGUUAAGGAUAAACAUUCAGCACCUGAGCAUCGCUGAAGUCUAUCAAAUUUGCUUAUACAUAAGAUUGAUGAGAAUGUAAUUUUCCUUGCUGCACAAUGCAUGUAGUGCAAUUGCGUGUUUUUAUAUUCCCAAAUAACAUGUGAUGAAAUGGACGAGAACAUUUAUACAAAGUAUUGAGGGCCUGUUUAGAACGUGACAAAGUAGACUUUCGCGUAAAUGCAAACAUUAGUUCUGGUUGUUCCGAUGUAACAAAAGGAAUGUGACACAAAUCUCCCCGCCAAAUAUCGAAACACGAUGGAUAUAAAGGAGGAACUUAUUGAUAGAAUAUGUGCCAUGUAUUUUUUUUUUCGAUCUGUGAUAAACACGCGUGAAACUUUCAAAAUUACAGAAAAUAGGAAUUCAAAGCAGCAAAAUUUGAAAACAGUGUUCGAACUAACGCCGACAAGACCAAAGUGCAUUUACAAAAUUUCUGCCAGAAUCUUGAAAAUUUAGAGAACGCUUUAGUUUAAACAAUAUUUUAUUAUUUUUUAAGCAACAUACACAUAACAUGUACAACAAAUUUUUACAUGUCAAAUACAUGGAUUGGAAAACAAGCUGAUAGAGAACGCUUUGUUUAUCGACACGAUAAAUAUUCUGUACAGCAUGACAUGUAAAUAUUAAGAUGCUAUGAAGUGAAUAUUAUCGAUUAAUCUAACCUUCUCCUCUAACGAAGUUAACCGAGUGGCCAAUGCUUGAAUAAGAAUAUUGGUAGAGUUUAUAAAGAAUUAUAAUGCUGGAUGUC